AUGCCAUUAUUUCAUCGUAAAGCCACAGUGUCUUACAGACCAGUAAACUCCGGAAAACGCAGACGCAAAAACAAGGAUCGACUUAUAAAAAAGCUUCUUAAUCUUCGAGAUGUGGUUCAAGAACUCGCUGAUGCACAAGACUCUUUGAAAAAGUAUAUUAAGCAGAGGCAUGGAAUUAUCAACGACACAUACAAUCUAUCCCUUCCUCAAUUUCAAACGAUAUUUACUCGCAUAGCUCCGUAUAAACUACAAUUAAAGCGGACAAAGGCAAUGGAAAACCUUGCAGAGAGGCUAAGGGCAAAGCUUGUCCAUGCACACAAGGCAUUAUGGCUAUACGAUCAAGGAGUACAGAGUAUUGACGAGUAUCUGCAGCUUCCAUCCGGAUUCAAACCUGUGUAUUAG